UCUACUUACCUUAUGUUGUAUUACCAGCCAUUACCGAAACGGUGGAUAUCCACGUUAGCAUUGUACUGGUCUAUCCGUUAGUGAAAUCGCAGGUAUCAAUCGAAACUUGAAUAAUUUUUAUGACAGAUACCACGUCAGAUUAGCGCCAAAUCAGAUCGGUGAAAUAUGGACGUUGCGGACGGAAUAACUGGAUUUGGCUUAAAGUGCUGUUUGUCGUAUGGAGCAUCUGAUUGUAUUGGCAAUUCGAAGAGCGUUUACAAAGCUACAGUACUGGAAUGCGAAAGUCCAUCCGACGUCCGUUUCUUAGCUGUUAAGCUGAUAAGUAUGACGCCGGAAUCAGCUGCGGAAGAAGAGCUAAUGGAGCAAUGUAAACGCCUCAUUGCAUUAAACGAUGAAAAUGUGGUAGUUUAUCGGAAUGUGACGAUCAGAGUAACCAAAAUGAAGGGGUAUGCGGCGUUCGGCAUGGAUUAUCAUCUAGGUGGCAGCCUGAGAGAUACCAUGGUGCGCUACGAAAGGGAACGAAGGAAACUGGCAGUAGCAAAAUUAUACAACUGGUCCGAGCAAAUGGCUAGCGGGUUGAAGUAUCUGCACGGGCCCCAACAAAAUAUAAUUCACGGUCACCUGAAGCCGAGCUGCAUCCUUAUGGAGCUUUUACCAAACAAGCAGAUGCGGCUGCGCAUUGGUGGUUUGAAUCGUUGCAUUGCACUACCUAUCCCCCAAAAAACGUUACCUGAUUUACCACGCAUUCGCGACAACAUGCGCAUGCAGAUCGGGAAAUCCACCAGUUUGUACCGGUCUCCGGAGAUGGCCCACAACGUGAACCCCGACACCGAAGUGACAUUUGGGCCAGAAACGGAUAUCUGGAGUCUGGGGCACAUCAUUUUGGAACUGGCUGAAUGCUGCUAUGGCGAGAAAAAUCCUCAGAGCAGCCGCGAUGCUGGAGACCGUGUGGAUGCUGCUGACCAGGAUCUUUCAUGGAUGUGGAGACUGGUGCGCACAGCCGAAGGGUACAUCCCAACACCGUCGAAAAGUGUCCCUAAUGAGUUCAGAAAAGAAAUCAUUGAGGUAUGCUUGCAAAGCGAUUGCAGAAGUAGACAUUCGGCCGCGAUGCUGCACAAAACACUGAUGGGUGCAAGCACAGUCGCUCAAAACAGGCAGUUAAACGGAACCACGUGGCUGGCUAAUUUAGAGGAAAAUGUUGUUGCAAGCGAAGACGGUCAGAUGGACGGGGCGGAGAAUGCACGCGAGAUGACUGCACACGAAACAAUGCAUCCCAUAGUGGAAGAAGUUGGUGGUCCCUGUGAGUUCAAGGCCGCAUUUCCGGAGUGCUUUAUUGGUCAGGGAGCUUUUGGCAGUGUGUUCAAGGCCACCGUCACUAGAUUCAGUUACCAGGUAAACGGCAGCCAUGUUAACUAUCUUGGCCCAUCUACGGUUGCCGUUAAAUCGCUGCGGGUGGAUAGUGAAAAAAGAAGACAGCUAAGCGAACCAGCAGCCUUGUGUAAAGAAAAGGAGCGCUGGGAAGCUCUGAUUAAACUCCGACAUUCAUAUUUGGUAUCUUAUCACAAAUUUAUUCUUACAUUGUGGAAGGAUAACGCAAGAACAGACAUCCUGAUGAACUGUUGUUCAGCUGGUGACCUUGGAGAUCUGAUUCAGAAAUAUCAUAAACACAAAAAUGUGUUAAAUAUACCAAGUAUGAUCACCAUGGCGUCGCACUUAGCCAGUGGUCUCGAUUUUCUCAAUGAGAAUAACUUCAUCCAUGGAGAUUUGAAACCGGGCAAUAUUUUUAUUAACGGAAGAACUGGCCCGAAAGGUUGCUGUAUGCUGGUCAUCGGUGACUUGGAUAAUGCGGCGCGCAUCCACAACGGCAGAAUAGACAAGACAGCACUUCGGGGCUUUCAGUACACUACCGCUUACGCGUCCCCGGAACUACUGAAAGCAGUAGCCCUGCAGGCAUGUGAGCAGAGUCUCCAGCGCAGCGAUGUCUGGAGUCUUGGGUGUGUUCUGUUGGAUUUGGCUAACUGCUGUUACUUAAUUCAAGAUAAGAUGUACUACAAAGCGGCAGAUCCAUGCGAUAAAAUACCGGAUAAUGCACAUGACCUAAUGCUCAAAAUCAUAGAAGGCUACACUCCAUAUAUUUCGGAACAAAUUGCGGAAAUUCAGGCCGGUCUUAUCCGUUCCUGUCUGACUGUGAAGUGCGACCAACGAAUCACGGCUGGCCAGUUAUGGAAAAAAUUAAGAACAAUAAUUAACAAGUAUAGUGAAGACGUGCGUGAGAAAACAUUCGGUCGUAAUCGGGUCAUCGUAAAUUCCGUAGAGGAUGGCCUGUCUGAUCCUUUUUCAGCUGAGCAGCAACCUUGGUUUUAUUGGUUGGGCAAGUAA